AAUUUGGUCCUUGAUACUCCUUUCUAGGUUGAUGGAGCAAGAAAGCAAAAUGUCCCUGCAAAGAUGGUAAGUCCAUGGGAUGAUAUUUUCACUAACUUGAGCAUUGGCGGAUUGCUGUCUGAGGCAUCUUUGCAAGGAAAGAUCAGCAACUGGGAAACUAAAAUGGAUUUGCAGCCAAUCCAGUUAGUUUCUGAUAUUAGUGUUGGAGGCUUGCUGUCUGAAGUGUCUUUGCAGGGGAAGAUGUCUACUGGAAUGAAACAAGAGAACAGAGUAGGAUUGCAGCCAUCUUCAUUUGCUUCGUUUAUUAGCUCAGGAAGCUUCUUUUCUGAAGCAUCUUCUCAAGGAAAGGUUAGUGAUUGCAAUUUAGCUUCAAAAGGAAGCAAAUCUGGAUUGAAGGAAACGUCAGAGUAUGGCCAGCACAAUGAGUCAAAAUUUUCAUGGGAUUUUAAUCUCACUAAUUUGAGCAUUGGAGGAUUGCUAUCUGAGGUGUCUCUGCUGGAAAAAGUAAAAAAACAUGACCAAGGAACUGAGGGCAAACCAAGCUCACAACCUACGUCAUCUUUUCCUGAUUCACUCGAUGCUUUUAUAGCUGCCCGCCUAAAUUCACACCCUGAAAUUUCAAAGUCAUCAUCUCAUGAAUUGCACUCGUCUAUCUUGGAUGCUGAAGAGACAUGCCAUGCAUUUCCAGUGCGUAAAAUUUCAUCAGGAAACAAAAAUGCAACUACUUCGUGUGGAACAGCUGGUCCUGGCAAUUGUCAUGAGUCAAGUUCGAAAUCUUUCAGAAUUCCAUCAUCCUCUAGUGCUCCUGAGUUCUCAAUGUGGAGCUUCCUAAUCUUGCUUCCUUCAUUAUCACAUAACUUCUUGAUGUUCUUAUGGAAGGAUGGACCAUUUCUUAAUUCUGGUGUUGUUAUAGUGCACAACUCAAAGUGUGAUUGCACAAGAUCAACCAUCUCAGCAACCAAGGACACCCCUCAUUUCCCGUCCAAGGGGGGUUUCUGAUGAAGACAACAGCGUUGGGCUAAAGGGCAUCAAAUGGGAAGACUCUUUAGGACCAUUUGAUCUUGGAAUGCCUAUCUUGCGACCGGUUAGUAGUGGAGACAGUGUUAGCCUCAGCGAGUUCAGUAAAUAACAUAUUUAUGUAGUCUUGAACUGAUACCAUAGACACUAGGAAAAUUUUCCUCAGCUCGAGGAUCAAAUUCUUGAACAGUUGAAACUCGAAAAGUAAAAAUGAUGCUGUGAAUUGUCCAUAAAAAUAGCUAAAAGAACGAUAUUGUGAUUAUCAAAGACUGGUAUUUUUAUGUAAUAUUAGCCUUAAGUUGGGCUUUUCAUUUA